AUGGCUUCAAUGCUGUACGGCAAACCACAGCGAGUGCAACUUGCCCAAAAUAAAGAACGGCUGGAUGCCUACCCGUCUUUGUUUCACAGGGUCAAAAGAGGACGCCGCUCGAAUUUAGUUGAAUUAAAGGAAGGUGUACCAAUUACGUCUCUACCAAAAACAUUCCGCGAGGCAAUAGAAAUUGCAAAGUGGUUUGAAAUCACAUAUCUAUGGAUCGACUCCUUGUGCAUUAUACAGAACUCGAAUGAGGACUGGCAGAAGGAAGCAAUCACCAUGAAAGAUGUCUACAAAAAUGCUUUGCUGACAGUUGCGGCGACUGCAGCUUCAAACAGCUCAGUCGGCUGCUUUUUCGCACGCGAUCAAACAUUCUAUACUGGGAUCGAGGUACCCGUUGGUCGAGAUGGCCAAAUCAAUGACAACAUGGUAGUAUUUGACAAGUGGCUCUGGAUAGAUGGUAUCGGUAAAGCGCCGCUCAACACUCGGGCUUGGGUAGUUCAAGAGCGUCUUCUAUCGCGACGAGUGCUCCAUUUUGGAGCACAGCAAGUAUACUGGGAAUGCCUCGAGCUCGAUGCCUGUGAGACAUGCCCAAUGGGGCUCCCAAAGGCCCUCGAGGAGCUUCAACGUUUCAAAGGCAUCGGAUCUGCUUGCGUAAGAAGCCUUCAAUCCAGGAAAUACGAUAUCUUGUAUGGAAAGUGGGAGUGCAUAGUUAGCGCUUACACACAGAGCAACCUUACACGGAGCACAGAUAAGGUCAUUGCACUAGCUGGUAUUGCAGCUGAGAUGGCGCUCAUCUGGAAAGAUGAGUAUCUUGCGGGAUUGUGGCGUUCCUGUCUUCCGGAACAGCUCCUAUGGAAGGUAUCUCUAGAAAGCGCUGGAACUGGUAAAGACUCAUACGCAAGGCGGGCUUCGUACCCAAGAGCGCCUUCUUGGUCAUGGCUUUCUAUUGAUGGGCCAGUCGAUGUAGAUAGCUCCCAUGGCAGACCUGUGCUCAUUGAGAUCAUCCGUGCAGAGGCCCAGUGCCCCACGAACGCCGUUUUCACAGGUUCAAUAAGCCUUCGCGGAGUGCUGACGGAGGCCUUUUGUGAAGCCGACAAACACGGCUCUGUGAGGAUUAUCUUAGACGUUCCUCCUCCUGCGCGUAACCUCGCGUUUGGUGAACUUGAUGACAAGUAUGAGCCACCCCCUGAGAAGAUACUGUGCCUACCUAUCAACUCUAGCUAUUUCCAGAUGGACGGAGAGGACGUCAUGGUUCUUGAAGGGCUGAUCCUUUGUCCAUCAUCUAACAACGAAGCGGAGUAUAAACGAGUUGGAUGGUUCUCCGCUAACGGGUGGGAUCUUUGCGAGCUCAUUGCGGGAGGUCCUUGCACCGAGAGGGCGAUCGACCAGCAAAGUGAAAUUUCAGAAUCUACGGGAGACAUCGAGGGCGUGACGCAACACGAAAGUAGUUCAGCACGGUUAGAUGUCACGCUUCGCUACGCUUUGGAAGCCGUCUUCAUAGCUGCGAAUAGCGUCAGAGGAAAUGGCAGUGCAGUCUCUUUCUCUCCAAUGAUUGCAGACCAGCCCGAACCAAUCGGUCUCCGAUUGUAUCGGGAGUUGCAUGUCUUUGAUAGACUUAUCAUACCCUCUAGCAAGAUAUCCACUAAACAGAGCAAUCUGAUAAUCCGUCUGAGUCUACUUGAAGGCCUAGCAACACCCGAUACUCGGAAAAAUUCACACGACCCUCUUGGGAAGAUUGUACAUCUAAUGGACAUCAUGACCUGGCAGCAGCUAGAUACUAGAUUCAGGUACGCACUUAAGAGUUCUCAUCAAAAGUGGUGGUGGAAACACGUUGGGCAGGCUCUAGCUAUCUUUCUUGAGAAGUCUGACUAUGGAAAAAGCCACCAGGCAAACCAUCUCUCAUUCUUUGCAAAGGUCAUAGCCCUCAAUCUAGGUACUUCGCUUGAUGUACAGGCAGGCACAUGUCAGUGGUCGAGUUUUAUGACCGAUGAUGGAACGCCAAUUGAAUUGAGCUGGGAUUGGGGCACUCCUGAUGAGGCUCCAUGUAUACGCUAUUCCAUGGAAGCAGUUGGAGUAGAUGCUGGUACCGUCCAUGAUCCCUACAACUCGCACAUUCACGGAGACUUUUACAAACAGCUAGUCAGCUCAUCGUCCGAAAAACAUCUUCCAUGGUACGAACAUUUUGCACAAUAUUUUGGAUACACGACCACGACACAGGAAGCAAGCGAAGGUCAUCGCUCACGUACUUUCUAUGCGUUCGAUCUCGCCGAACAAGACUCGACAUGGAAGGCAUAUUUCUUCCCAGGUCCUAAAGCAGAGUCAUUGAAAAAAUCUAAUUUAGAGGUCAUUCGAGAGGCUAUCUCAACGGCUCCCUCUUGUCCAGCGGAGAGGCUGACAGCCCUGCAUCUAUUUCACGAUUGGGCUUCCUAA